AUGGCAGAUGAGAAAGGAGCAUAUUUAACCUUUGACAAUGCAUCCAAUGGAUCGUUAUUUAUUGUAUGGAGAAAGGAGAAGGUAGAAAAUGCUCUUAUGUAUAUAAAACCAACAAAAACGGUAGCCGAGUUUAAAUUUACAAGCAAUAGCGGGAAGUCAGAACUGAUCAGGAAUUUACAAUCGGAUAAAAAGCUCUUUUAUUCAGGCCUUUGUCAGUUUAUCAAAGAAGCCAAAGAUAUAAAGGGAGUUAUUACUUUAUUGCCACAUUUUAAUAAUACUUUCCCCAUUAAAGUGAAUUUUUAUUUUUUAAAAGGAAAUAAUGUUGUUCCUCUUAGCGUUGGUGUACCUUUUGAAUUAGAUGGAGUUGAUGCUGUUAGUGUUUUACCACAAGGUUCAAGUUCACUGCAAGUCAAAACAAUGAAGAAAGACAUGUUCGUAAGUAGAGGAAAUUCAGAGGGCGGUAGUGUUUCCUUCUAA